AUGGCGGAUGACCAACGAAUUCCUCGGCUCUCCGAACCCUCAUCCGACAGCACCUUCCUCGCCGAACCACUCCCCCGAUCUCCCCCAGAAUCAUCGCCGUCAAUGAUCCCGCCUCUGAUCGGAUCGCCAACCACAACUUGGGGUGGUUCCGAUUUGACUCCAAUCGCCUGCCGCCCCCCUGGCCAUCUCCCUCCGGCCGGCGCGAAGGGUCGAGUGGACGAGGCCGGAGCGGGGAAGCCGGCGGACUUCCGGGCGGUACCGCGGGGUGCGGCAGGCCCGUGGGGGAAGUUCGCGGCGGAGAUCCGCGACCCGAAACCGGCGGGGCUCGAGGGUUUGGCUCGGACGUACGAAACAGCGGAGGAGGCAGCCCGGGCCUACGACCGUGCCGCCUACCGCUUGCGCGGGAGCAAGGCUAUUCUCAACUUCCCCAACGAGAUCGGCAGAUCCGCCGACUGGAUCCGCCAGCCGCAACCGCCGGCGACGGCGGCGGGGAAGAGGGGGAGGGAGGACGCGGUGGCGGAGGAGGAAAGGCCGAUCAAGAGGGAGAGGUCGCCGGAUUCCGGGGAUGAGGAGGGGAAGGAGAAUAUUCCGUCAUCGACGGCGUGCCCGUUGACGCCGUCGUGCUGGACGAGCGUGUGGGAGAGCGGGGACGGGAAGGGGAUAUUUAGCCUGCCGCCUUUGUCGCCGUUAUCUCCGCCGUUCCCGCAGCUGAUGGUGAUCUGA